CAAGAUUUUGCGUUUUCGUAUUAAUGCGAUGUCUACAUGUAGGGUCGUUGUACAUGUACCCACAUAGCCACAAGUACGCCACGACGGGGAUUUGUCAAGGUCACAAAGUGUGUGACGUCACAGAUAAUAUUUGAUCGGGAAGCACGUGAUUCUUGUACAUUGGACUCUGACUAAUAUUGCCAGGUAGACAAACAGGGUGAGGACUAAGAUAAAAGGAGAUUUUUACCCGACGUUGCUAACAUUCUACGUAAUAACGGAGAGGUGCGAACACAAGAGCGAGAUAUACAGAGAAGUUUUAUGUACAGGAAAAGCAUGAUGCAAGACCAAGAGAAGAUGGCACAAGAACAUUUCUUUACUCGCCUAGGAAAUAUCCCCAUGGUGGGUACAACCUGGACUCAGGCCUGGGGCCUCUACCAGAAAACCAAGGACAGUAACCCUAUCAUCUGCUCAACCCUUAACAUGGCAGAGUCUGGCAUCAAAACUGUGGCUGAAACCACUAAACCUAUGGUGGAGAGAUACCAGCCCCAGAUUGAGCGUGUGAACAAAUAUGCAUGUGAGCAGCUGGACACCAUUGAGAAGAACUACCCAGUCAUCAAAAAACCAACAGACGAGUUGAUGAAUGAUGGUAAAGAACUAAUCCAGCCAACCAUUGACCGUGUCAAUGCUGUCAAACAGUACGGCACAGACACCAUCAAUAAGGUAGGAGAUGUGAAACAGAUUGGAGUGGAUGUAGCAUCUAACGUUAAGGACUAUGGUCUGAUGCAAGUGUCCAAAGCGAUGGACACGCCAUAUGGCCAUUAUGUGGUGGACAAGGUCAACACGGCCUUGACAUUGUCUGAAGAAUAUCUUGACAAGUACCUACCUGAGGAAGAUGAAGAAAAGGAUGAGAAUGAUCCUGAUGAGGCCAAAGAAAUGGAUGAGUACCCACCAAGUUCAGUUGGGCGUGCUAAGGAUUUGACAUCUAAGUUGAGACGCAGAAUGUACAAACGAGCGCUGAAGGAUCUGAGGAAUGUGCAGGUCCGCAGCCAGGAAAGUCUGGCCAAGCUCAGCUUCACAGUCGACCUGAUUGAUUAUGCGAAAACAAACAUGCAAUCUGCUAAAGGGGUAGCGGAGGAGAAGGUUGGGGAGCUCCAGAUUAAGGCGUCCAUGCUGUGGACGGAGAUCAACAAGGAGGACUCGGAGUUAGAGGAGGGAGAACUGGUACCUGAUACAAUGGAGACCAAGUCCAUUAUUAUGGCUCGUCAUCUCACCAAACAACUACGUAAUGGCCUUUCCACAUUGAAUAACUAUGUCCCUGAAUCCCUUCAACCUGCUGCUCUCCGUGACCGCCUCCAACAGACCUACAAACACACAGAGGAACUCUACACAUACUUCAGAGGUGUUGCAAAGUAUGAAGAUAUGCCAAACCUAGCACUAACACAGGCCAAAGAGAAGUUGGGCUAUCUUCAGUCAACCCUCGGCUACCUUACAGAAACGUUUGUCACCGUCCCCCUGACCUGGCUGGGACCUGACCUUAAUGUAGAUGUAGACCUACAAGACAUUGCUGAAGACGACCAUUACUAAACACUAUUUUGCCAUCACUUCAGGAACCAGACGUAGCAGUCGAUGUAGAACUUGAAGAUAUUGCUGUUGAUCAAGAUGAACCAGUUGAUGCCACCGACUGUAAUGGCCACAUCCCUGGAGAAGACACACCCAACAACCCGGCUAAUUAAUGCUCAACAAAGAUCACCAUAAUUUAUCUAAAGAACUCGUUAUUAUAUAUCAAUAUCAAGAUUUGUGCAAUUUGACAUUUUGAUUAAAAUGAGUACAUGCUUUUUAAGGACAACAUAUCACUAUUCUUCAGACUUAAUUGUGCUUAAAUGUAAAAAUUCCUGUAUAAGCUUGGAAAGCUACAAGAUGGAAGUUUUUGGGUCUGAAGAAUAUCCUACAGCAAUAUACAGUCACUGUGAAAAAUAUCAGAUUUAAAAUUUAACAGGAAAGGAACUAACUAUUAACUCUACCAUAGUACAUGUAAUGUAUUAAUUGUUACUGUUACUGAUGUCCGACUUUUCAGUAUUUUACCUAUACCAACAUAAAAAUAACUAUAUUUUGGGGCUAAGAGAUGUGCUUGAAAAUUAAAAAAAAAAAUGACAAUGUAGUGAUGUUUUAUAGACAAAAACUUUCUUAUGAAUGACUGCUAGUAACAUUUAGGACAAAGAGCCAAUGAUUUAAAGGAACAAUACCUAGUAGGUAUCUUGGCUACAUUCAUUUGGGACCUGGAAAAUUUGUUUACUGAUACUUACAGAUUUUAUUCUUUGAAGUCAUUCUUUGUUGUUGUUGAUUGUUGUUAUGUUUAGUUGUGAGCUGAAUUGAAUUGUGGAAAUUUAAAGUUAACUUUGAAGAAGAGGAUGUAGCAUUAAGUUUUAAGUCUGGGAUGACACAUGUCCACCAGAGAACUUUCUACAUACCGAUCACAGGGACAUGUCUAGUCCUAUAUUUAAAGAAAACACCUAAAUAAUUUUAAAUUUGGACAUUCCCUAAUGUGUAUAACACAUUAACAGGCGUCUUGCCAUUUUACAAUAGUUACAUCUAGCCCUCCAAAACGUCUGAAACGCCUGUAUGUAAAACUAGACAUGUCAUUGUGUACCCAUUUAAGCCUGGAAUGAAUAAUGCCUCCAGAGAACUUUCUAGAUACUGAUAGUGAACAAUGACCAGAUUGAUCAAUACAAGACAUACAAUGACUUUGAUGUAAUUUAUAUAAAAUAUUUUCCCUUGUGCAAUAAAUUAUCCCAUAAUAUA